CUACGUCAACUGCACGUUGCUCACCGAGAGCCCUCACUUCCACGCCACCUACUCUGCCACCUCCUCCCCCGGGAGCGGAAGUGGAGACCCUCCUCUGCGCUUUGCGGCAACGCGUGACCGUCACGUGGGGCGGGGCUUCGGAGGCAAGCGAAGGGAGGGACAAAGGCCAAGAGCGUAUAGAACGCCACUCACACUUGGAGAAGAGAUAACGGGACAGAGGUGCAAGCCAAUCGCAAUCAGGCCUGUGGAGGCAGAGACUGGGGUGGAGACUUCGGAGACUGCAGUUCCAGGUCUCCAGCCUGCCAGCUUUCAGACUAGAACUUAUACCAUCAGCUGUCCUGGUUCUCAGGCCUUUGGAUUCAGACUGAAACUACAUCGUUGGUUGUUCUGAGUCUUUGACUUGCCAGCCACGUAUCUUGGGACCUCCAUAAUUUUUUCUAAGAACAGAUGGAAGUGGCUAUGGAUAAUUCAUAUGAUUUCAAUCAACAAGGCUCAUGUAAUGGAAUUCCAUCUGAGAAGAAAAACAACUUCCUCGUGUCAGAAGAUCAUGGACAGAAAAUCUUAAGUAUACUACAGAAUUUUCGAGAACAAAAUGUCUUUUAUGAUUUCAAAAUAAUCGUGAAAGAUGAAAUAAUCCCAUGUCAUCGUUGUGUGUUAGCAGCAUGCAGUGACUUUUUCAGGGCUAUGUUUGAAGUAAACAUGAAAGAAAGAGAUGGUGGAAGUGUUACCAUUACUAAUUUGUCCUCCAAAGCAGUAAAAGCAUUUCUUGAUUAUGCCUAUACUGGAAAAACAAAGAUAACAGAUGAUAAUGUGGAAAUGUUCUUCCAGUUGUCAUCAUUUCUUCAAGUUUCCUUCUUGUCCAAAGCUUGCAGUGACUUUUUAAUAAAAAGUAUUAAUCUUGUGAAUUGUUUACAAUUAUUAUCUAUAUCAGAUAGCUAUGGUUCUGCCCGUUUGUUUGAUCAUGCUUUAUACUUUGUACAACAUCACUUUUCUUUAUUAUUUAAAUCCAGUGAUUUCUUAGAGAUGAAUUUUGGAGUACUGCAAAAAUGUCUGGAAUCAGAUGAAUUAAAUGUUCCUGAAGAAGAAACUGUACUGAAAGUUGUCCUUAGUUGGACUAAACAUAACUUAGAAUCAAGGCAAAAGCAUCUGCCUUAUUUGAUUAAAAAAGUAAGAUUAUAUCAGUUAUCUGAGGAGACACUUCAAGAUUGUUUACUCAAUGAAGAGUGUUUACUCAAAAGCACAAACUGUUUUGACAUAAUCAUAGAUGCAAUUAAGUGUGUGCAAGGUUCUGGUGGACUUUUCCCUGAUGCUCGACCAUCCACAACUGAAAAAUACAUAUUUGUUCACAAAACUGAGGAAAAUGGAGAAGAUCAAUAUACAUUUUGCUAUAAUAUUAAAAGUGAUUCAUGGAAGAUACUGCCACAAUCACACCUGAUUGAUUUGCCAGGAUCUAGUCUGUCUAGUUAUGGGGAGAAAAUAUUCUUGACAGGCGGUUGCAAAGGGCCGUGUUGUAGAACAGUUCGGCUUCAUAUUGCAGAGUCAUAUCAUGAUGCCACUGAUCAAACCUGGUGCUACUGUCCGGUCAAAAAUGAUUUUUUCCUGGUAUCAACUAUGAAAACACCAAGAACCAUGCAUACAUCAGUUAUGGCUCUCAACAGAUUAUUUGUCAUAGGUGGAAAGACUAGAGGAUCCCAGGACAUUAGAAGUCUCUUAGAUGUUGAAUCUUACAACCCUCUUUCCAAAGAAUGGAUAUCUGUUAGCCCAUUACCCAGGGGCAUAUACUAUCCUGAAGCAAGUGCAUGCCAAAAUGUAAUUUAUGUUCUUGGAUCAGAGGUAGAGAUUACAGAUGCUUUUAACCCAUCACUUGAUUGCUUUUUUAAAUACAAUGCUACAACUGAUCAGUGGUCUGAACUAGUAGCAGAGUUUGGGCAGUUUUUUCAUGCAACACUAAUUAAAGCUGUCCCAGUAAACUGCACACUGUAUAUAUGUGACCUUUCCACUUAUAAGGUUUAUAGUUUUUGUCCAGAUACUUGUGUUUGGAAGGGUGAAGGGUCUUUUGAAUGUGCAGGCUUCAACGCAGGUGCAGUUGGAAUUGAAGAUAAAAUUUAUAUAUUAGGUGGUGAUUAUGCACCAGAUGAAAUCACAGAUGAAGUGCAGGUCUACCACAGCAGCAGGUCUGAGUGGGAAGAAGUUUCACCAAUGCCAAGAGCCUUAACUGAAUUUUACUGCCAGGUGAUUCAGUUUAAUAAAUACAGGGACCCAUGGUUUUCUAAUCAUUUCUAAAAGUAGUGUGUGAUUAGAUAUUCUAAAACUAUUGCAGUUUUAGAAACCUGCAGUAAAUUUAUUAACCUUAAUUAUUGGUAAAACCGUCUUUACAGCUUAAUAACAUAAAAUGCACCUUCUAUGAGAGAAUUACUAUGAAUGUAUACCAUAUAUGAAUUAGCAGUUCCCAGAAACUUAAAAUACAAAAUAAAUUUUACCAAAAAUUAUAUUGUAUUUAAUUUAAUCUUGGAGAGUCUAGAAUAUUACUAUUUUCAUAUGUAAAUAAAAUUCAGGCUUUGAUGUUUUGAUUUUUAAAGUACUUUAUCCAUGAAACACUAGUUAAAAACAAAUCAAACUUCACAGAAUUGUACAGUUAAGAUGGGAGAAAUCUCUCUAGGUAAAAAUUAUUUAUUUACACUGUAUUAUAUGAAGUGAAAAAUAAAUUAGAGUCGAGAAUCCUAUCUUGUUACUACAGGUAUAAGAGUUGUCGAAUUCCUAUUUUUUCUGAUCACUGGUUAGCUGCUUUUAAGCCCUUUCUUUUCUUUCACCAUUUUUUAGUCAGAACAUUUUCUGAAAUGCAGUGUAUUUCCCCAGCCUUCUAAACUGUACACUAAACAUGGUUUAACUCUUUUCAUGAUUCGACUCUUCGUUAAGAGCAUAAUGUACUGUGCUGUAUUGCCCUAAUGCCAUUGGCAGUUACUGAAAUGUCUUAAAAUUUGCUGAUUCUAUUAGUUUUCAGUGUUAGUUGGUUUCAGUUUUUAGCAGUAUUAUACCUUAUUUUCUGGCUCAAGCUCAGUAAAUUAACAUUUUUGAUUUAAAUAAUCAGUUCUAAGUUAUACCUGACCUGAGUUUAUCUUGACAUGUAACCCAUUUAGUGAAGUUCUUGGUUUCUGGGAUCGUAGUCCUAAAAUACUUUUUCUGUAUCAUUGCCAGUUUCCAAUGUAAGUGAGGAUGUAGAAAAUCUGACCUCUAGAUAAGUGGACCACUAUUGUUGGCAUUUCUUAAACUUUUACAUGUACAAAUUUGAGUUACAAUAAGAAAUUUCAGCGUUUAAAUUAGUACCAUAUCAGUUUUCUGUGAUGAUAUAUACCAGCUGUAAAGUGCUGUGUAUGUUUACUACUUCAGUAAAUUAUUCACAGUGAAUUAUUUUCUAAAUUUAAAAAUAUGACUAGGCUUUUGGUAUUGAUAGUAGUAUUUGAAACUUGCGUCUUGUUAGAUGUUUAAUCAUCUUUAACCCAAACAAUGAAAGAGUGUUACUCAUCCUUGUUUUCAGCUAAGAUGAUUCUGCCUUGUAAGAGGAUAUGUUUCUUUAUCAGUUUUACAGAUAUAGGUAUUUUAGGUUUUAAGAUACCUGACUUAUAUCUCAGGUAAUGUGCAGGUUGUAUUUCUGUGGAAUCAAAUGUAGUUUCCCACACACUGUAGUAAAUGUUAAUCUGUUGUAAAUGUACAUAUUCUUUAGAAGUGGAAAUAUACUUAAAUGAAGGUCCUUUUAUUUUACUAUAUAAAUUUUUGCAAUCAUAAGUUUCAAAUAUAUUUUUUAAAAUAGAACAGAAUAUUAGACUGAAUUAUCGUGCAAGUCCAAAAUCAGGGAUUGUCUGUAAUCAGAUGACAGUUGCAUAAAAAGUAUUCUGUAGAAUUGGUGGUUUCCUACCUUAGUUGGCUCUGCCCUUUCCUCUGUGUGUGUAUUGUGUGUGUAAGAAAAAAAGAAAAUUCAAUGGAGGCUUUCUUUUACGUGUUACGUGGCAUUCUGGAAACAAGUUAUUUGAGAAAGACCAUAACACAGUGGGGACUAAAUUGUUAACUUAAGCAUAUAUAAACAAAUAUUUCCAGAAAGGGAGAACUAAAGCAAAAUAGAAUCCAUUCCUGAUCUUGUUUCAUUAAUUUUAUCUUGAUUUCUACCAUUCUUGUCAUUGGCCAUUGAUUUCUGAUGUUACUAGAAAUAUCCUUGUUAUCAAGGCCUAGGUGACUCCCUCUGUAUUUGAUUUAAUACACUUUCUAACGCACAAGGCUUUCUGCUUUAGUUUCUACAAUUGCUGCAGGUUACUUGUUAAUCACUUUCACUUAUUGCCAUCCCUUUACAUCUGUACCUGAGUGCUCUUCAUCAGUUAUAACUGCAAGAAAAGUAGUCUGUCUUGUCAUAAAACCCCAAACUCUUCCUUUACUUACUGUUCUUUUUCCUUGGCACCAUAGCAAUCUGUGCUGGGCUUGGCUCUGUUAAUAAUUGAUCUUGUUCUCUCUAAUUUUGCAUCAUCUGGUAAAGGUAACAGUUUCAUUUGAUCUAUCAAAUGGUUGUUGAAAAUGGUUCUGGGUGUUCAAAAUCCUCAAGGAACUGAAUCACAUACACACAUUGUCAGUGACUGAACUGGUAUUAUUGAUAUCUUUCCGAUCUUGCCAAUCACUGCAGCUUCACUAAGAACCAUAUAUAUUAUUCUGGCCUUACCCUCCAUUCUGGAUUUCUGACAUGCAAAUCUCAGUGCUCUCUCAAGUCUAUUCUCAGUACCAAGAAGGAGCCGUCUUUCCUGUCUGUAAGGUUAGGAAAUAAUAUCCCUUUAUGACUUCUUCCCUUAGUCUUUUUUUUUUUUUUUCUUUAAAGUCUGCUUCCCUUUCAUUAUCCUUCAGCCAGUGCUGCAGUGUAAGAUACAAAAUAAUUAUGCUCAUUAUCCAGAUUGCUUUCAUUCUUGUGGAAAAAUUCUAAUUAACAUUUCUAAAUCCUUUAUCAUUUGUCUGGGUCCACUACAUUCGGCUUAUGCAUGCAAAAAAUUUCCAAUAUUGUAAUGUCUUCUAAAAUUGAAAGUAGGUAUGUGUCACUAUUAAAUAUAAAAAAGGUUAAAUUCAACAUUUAUACGAGAUCAAAGUUAAUGAACAUUUUUAGAGCAAUCUUCAAACUUGAUUUACAAUGUGGAGCACCUUUUGUUCAUCUAUUGCCUGUGAGACUAAGCAGUAUGAAGAAUAUUUGCCUAAUCAAAAUUUACUGCAUUCCCAUAACACUCAACUCUGGUGUGGGGAGGGAAAGAGGUCUUUAUCACAGCAGUAUUCAUUAUAUGUUACCCUUGAAAGCUAGAAUAUUAUUUGAGAGCAACCACAUCCUGUAACAUGAUUCAAUUUUUCCCAGAUACCAAGAAGAGCAAUUGAAUACAUGUACAGGGUACCUAGCUCAAGGCAUAUGAUUUGAAAAUCAGAGUCAAGUAUAGAGGGAGACAUCUGUUUACCUUUUGAGAUUUGGAAGCAAUAAAUGUAAUGAUUAAACAUAUUGUUGAAUACAUGAUAUUACUUUUAGAUCAUCAUUCUCAGUUUAAUUGGAUCCAAUGUUUGGAAACUCGUAUGUCUAGAAUUAAAUGUGUUAAGACUCAAAAAUGUCUUCCAAUGGGCAGCUCUUGAGAGCAACCUAAAAACAAAAGCUGAAAUUUAUAAGGAAGGAGAUUUCUGUUCAACAUAAGAAACAAUUUUACUCCACUUUAUAAAGCCAUAUUUAGAAUAAGACUAGUUAUCAAAGACUGUGGCAUAUGGCAGAUAGAUGAUUAGCCCAAAUAAAUUCCUACACAGGAGUAUACAACCAAAGAUUUCUACAUUCUAUUUACACAUUUUGAUCUUAAUAGUUUUCUGACUCUUGACGAAUUUCUUCCUCCUUCAGUUUAUUUAGCGUUUAGGCAUUCUGAGUAACUUGAUUUCAAUGAUUCUGCAUACUCAAGAUUUCAAUAAGACAUGAAUCUUAAAAUUACAUCAUUUUAGGAGCAUUCUUGUUGAAGGAAACUUGUUCUUUUUUUUUAAUCACUCAGGAAGAAGUCUGUAAAGGGUGCUGACAUUUAUAGUGAGCUGCUAAUAGGGAUUUUUCCUUCUGUCUACUGUAAGUGCACAUUUGUUUUAUAGUGAAUAGAAGCUGAAAGACCAGUACCUAAAUUUCUCCUGAAUUGUUCUUAUUUCACUGCAAAUGGAGGUAUAUAGCUAAAGGUAAUGAUUCUAAUUAAAGAUUAUGUGAUUUGAAAGAAUAUCUUUACAUCUUAAAAAUCUAUAUAUGUUUAUAAAUUAUAUUUGAUGGCACUAUGAUGCUUAAUCAAAUUUAAUCUAUAAAUAGGGAAUUUAAUCACAGUAUGAUAUUACACACUAAUCAAAAGAUAACUUUUCUAAAUCAUAGAUUCAUAUUCAAACUUGAAAAUAACCUUAGAAUCUAAUACAGUUUCCAACCUUGUAUAGAAAGCCCCUCUAAAUUCUAAAAUACCCUUGACAGAUGAUUUUUUUUUCAAAAUCUAAUUCAGUUCUUUCAGGGUAAAGAGCUCACUACCUCCAUUUUUGAACAGUUCUGUUAGAAAGUUCUUCCUACCAUUGAAAGCAACUCUGCCUACCUGUAAUAACUUUCAAUCCCUGGUCCUAGGUUGCUGUCUCCAAGUAUUGGAAACAGCAUGUCUUCCAUUCCUCUAAAAUCAAGUCCUCACUUUCCUUCUUGUUCAAAUGCUUAACACUUUAAAACUUGCCACAAUGGCCAGGAUUACAUGCCUUCACCUUGUACAGUUGCCUCAGAGAAUCUAUCCUAGCUCUAUUGCUUUUUUGGUGUGUUGAGCAUAACCAGCAUUGCAGAAUCUCUUGAUAAUGCAAUCAUCUCAUUCCCUUAACCAGUUCUCUAGCUCUUAUAAAUCCAAUAUCGGCUAGAGCCUUGCUGUAUCUCUCUCCUUCUACCCCCUGUCAACAUAAUCACAAACAUAUACUUUCUGAGAGAGAAUUCUAAAGCCAAAUUUUAGUGUCUUUUGAUCAUUUGUCAUUGGAUAUGGUUUUCAGAAUUUUAAAAGCGUUUCUAAAAGAGACCCUAAAAAGUAUACAAAAAAUAGAAACCAAAGCAGUCACAUCCUUCGUAGUUAAUGAAGGGACAAUUUGCUCACAAAUGAAUAAAAACAAUUUGCUCACAAAUGAAAAAAACAUUAUGAUAACAAUCUAAGUUUGGAGAUUCAUCUGUGCUGAUUGUUCAGUUGGAUAGAGCAUGAUAAUUCCAUAAAACAAUGCCAUUAUUAAAUAACUCUAUAGGUCAGUUAGCUUUAUUCAUCUCAUUAACUUUGACAACACUCUCAGUCAUAUCUAACUAGCUCAACAAAUUAUGCUAUUGGUUCCAAGGGUAACAAGGUUGCUGGAAUAACUCCGAGUACAUUCUCUGAGUAUCACAUUGUGGUGUAAAUAUUUCUUUACAUGUCUGACUUCCUUACUUAAUUGGAAACUCUUAGGAAUAGGGACAUAUAUUUAUCAUUUCUGGACCUAGCAAUUAGCACAGUGCUUGCAUAUAAUAAGGCAUUUAAUAAACUAACAUUCUAUUAAGCCAAUAUAUGAAGCAAAAUUUAUUAUAGUUAUAUUGUUAUUGAAUGGAUUCGAUAUAAAUGUACAUUUUGCAAUUUAUUUUCAUGUACAAAAGAAAUUAAUUUACAUUAGGAUUUUACAUUUAAGAAUUCUUCACAUUGUACUUUAGUUAUCUACUAAUGUAUGUGUUAAUUCUUUUUGUAGUAUUUGAUAUCUUGCUCAUGUUCAAAGUCUGGGCUAGGUAAUUUAUACAACUUUUUGUUAGUAUAUGUUGUAUAUUAAUUUUUGUUAGUAUAUGGAAAAGUUAAUAAUGAAGUAUUUUUUAUUUGAGAAUGAAAUUGCAUUACACAGCACAUUGCCCUCAUUUGGAGAACAUGUAUAGUUGGUUGUAUAGUCGUAUAGUAUAUGUAUAUUUGGUUCUUGAAAGUGAAAUUAUACUUUAAAAUAAUUUAUUUCCUUAAUUUUUUAGUGCUUGAGAUUAUUCUCUGAAUUUUAAUUAUAAUAUUUAAUUCUGUGUUUCCUUCCAAAUGCAAUAAUAGAUAAGACAAUGACUGAAAGUUUCAUUAGUAAACAUGCAACACCCAUUUCUCCUACAAGAGCAUAAUAGCUCUAGUGACUUUUUUCCCACUUGGGGAGACUGUUCAAAGCUACUUACAUUGCAUACUUAAGUGAUUUACUUCAUUUCCUGUUAGUAGAAUAUGGGCUUUUGCCAUAUGCUGUGAGACAUAAAAUCAGCAUUUUUGCAGGUCCAUGUUAACCAUAUUAACAUGUAGUAAAACAUUUCAAUUAUAUAAAAUAAUUAUUAAUGUAUUAAAGUGUAUCUCAGAAAAGAAUAUAUAUAUUCUGUUUGUAUUUAUUGUUAUUAGAAAUAAAAAAGGUAGAAAAAGGUG